AUGGGCCCCGCCAGGAAAACAGAUGCCGGGGCGGUGAUCUGGACCACGGCGUGGCUGCUGCUGCUGUCGCUACUGCUUCGUGAAGGAGCGCAGGCCCUGGAAUGUUACAGCUGCGUACAAAGGGCGGAUAAUGGAUGCUCUCCGCACAAGAUGAGGACGGUCAAGUGCCCGCCCGGCGUGGAUGUCUGCACAGAGGCGGUGGGGGCAGUGGAGACCAUACACGGGCAAUUCUCAGUGGCAGUGCGGGGCUGCGGUUCGGGACUCCCCGGCAAGAAUGACCGCGGACUGGACCUUCACGGGCUCCUGGCCUUCAUCCAGCUGCAGCAGUGCGCCCAGGACCGGUGCAACGCCAAACUCAACCUCACCUCGCGAGGGCUCAAUCCCGCAGGCAAUGAGAGCGCGAACGAGCCCAAUGGCGCCGAGUGCUACAGCUGCGUGGGGCUGAGCCACGAGAAGUGCCACGGCACAGCGCCGCCCGUCGUGAGCUGCUACAACGCAAGUGACCGCGUCUACAAGGGCUGCUUCGAUGGCAACGUCACCUUGACGGCAGCUAAUGUGACUGUGUCCUUGCCUGUCCGAGGCUGUGUCCAGGAUGAUUCCUGUACCCGGGAUGGGGUGACAGGCCCAGGGUUCACACUCAGUGGUUCCUGCUGCCAGGGGUCGCGCUGUAACUCCGACCUCCGCAACAAAACCUACUUCUCCCCUCGAAUCCCGCCUCUUGUCCUGCUGCCUGCUCCAACCACAGUGGCCCCAACCACUCGGUCCCGGACCACCUCUAUCACCACUUCCACCCCAGCCCCAACUACCCCCACCUCUGCCACCAAACCCAACCCAGCCCCAGCCAGCCAGACUCCUCCCCAGGAAGUAGAGCCUGAGGUCUCCCCAGAAGAGGAGCCCAAGUUGACUGGCGGUGCAGCUGGCCACCAGGACCGCAGUAACGUGGGGCAGUACCCUGGGAAAGGUGGGGUCCAGAACCCCUCUAAUAAAGGCUCAGCAGCUGCCGGGGCUGGACUGGCAGCUCUUCUGUUGACUCUGGCUGCUGGUCACCUACUAUGA